UAACUGGUACCUCUAGGUCUUGGAGAAUUUUCAUCUAUUGCGCAUAGUUUGAAUAUCUAUGGCCAUGGGCGAAUCAAGCACAUCCGCUGCCCCGCAGGGAGAACGCCCCCGCCAACCUUUUUCGGAGCUGAACCUCUCCGAGCCGACGAUGAAGGCCCUAAAGGAGAUGGGGCUCGAGACCAUGACUACAAUCCAGGAAAAAUCUAUACCACCUCUUCUUGCUGGGAAGGACGUGUUAGGUGCUGCGCGGACGGGCUCUGGGAAGACACUGGCCUUCCUCAUUCCUGCAGUAGAACUGCUGCACCGACUGAAAUUCAAACCUCGCAAUGGUACCGGUGUUAUCAUUAUCUCGCCCACACGCGAGCUUGCCCUGCAGAUCUUUGAGGUCGCCAGGGAGCUCAUGCAGUACCACUCACAGACGUUUGGUAUCAUCAUGGGAGGCGCGACUCGCAAGGGAGAGGAGAUCAAGCUGCAGAAGGGUGUCAAUCUCCUGAUUGCGACGCCCGGUCGUUUAAUCGACCACUUGGAGGGGACGAAGGGCUUUGUCUUCCGUAACCUCAAGAGCCUCGUAAUCGAUGAAGCGGACCGGAUAUUGGAGGUUGGGUUUGAGGAGCAGAUGAAGAAAAUUAUAGCCACCCUUCCGAACGAGGGCCGGCAAUCUAUGCUAUUCUCAGCAACCCAAACCAGCAAGGUCACGGAUCUCGCACGAAUAUCGCUGCGCCCUGGUCCCAUUCUAGUUGAUGUCGACAAGACCGAAGACACAAGCACGGUCUCUACACUAACCCAAGGCUAUGUCGUCUGCCCUUCUGAUCGCCGCUUUCUCCUCCUGUUUACAUUCCUCAAGAAGAACAUGAAGAAGAAGACGAUCGUAUUCUUCUCCAGUUGUAGAUCGGUGAAAUACCAUGCCGAACUCCUCAACUACAUCGACGUGCCGGUACUUGACCUCCAUGGUAACCAAAAACAACAAAAGCGGACUGCUACAUUCAUGGAGUUCCGCAAUGCGGAGACCGGUAUACUCCUCUGUACAAACGUCGCGGCACGAGGACUCGACAUUCCUCGGGUCGAUUGGAUUGUUCAGUACGACCCGCCAGACGAUCCUCGAGACUACAUCCACCGAGUUGGCCGUACUGCUCGUGCAGGAAAUGCCGGCAAGAGUCUCAUGUUCCUCCUCCCGAGUGAACUAGGCUUCCUUCGAUACCUCAAGGAGGCGAAGGUUCCGCUGAACGAAUACACCUUUCCUGCUGACAAGAUCAGCAAUAUCCAGUCACAGCUGGAGAGGCUGCUACAAGGCAACUACCACCUCUACCAGUCUGCUAGGGACGGCUAUCGGUCAUAUCUGCAGGCGUAUGCAUCGUACUCGCUGAAGAAGAUUUACGACGUCAACCAACUUGACCUCACCAAAGUCGGGAAGUCGUUCGGCCUUCCCGUACCUCCACGCGUGAAUCUCAACGUUGGCGGCGGCAAAUCUGCUACGAAGCGGAAGCGAGAGCCUGGUUACGACGAGGAGGAUUGGGAAGAGAUCGACGCGGUGGACAAAGAGUCGGGCGACGAGGACGCGAAGGAUGAUGAGGAGCAGGGCUCGCGGAGAAGUAUGCGCGAGCAGUCAAGAUCGAGGCGAGAAGAGACGCUUGGCCGGAAACGGCUCGAGAAGGAGGUGUACAAGAAAGGCAUGGAAAGGAAGAAACAGAGGACGCAGGGGACGCAAUGGAGCGGUUGACCUCACCUCCGGUCCGGGCUGUCCUGACCAUCCCCUUGGAUCCCCGUUCCACCCGAGCCUUCCUCCUGAGCCCUCGUGUCGUUCUCUGAUGUGUCGUGUGCUUUCGCGUAGGUUUACUUAUGCAUCGGUUC